GCAUCAAUGUCGCUGUUCCUCAACACCCUGUUAUAGUCUGCUAUAGUUCCAAUCAGCCACCUACAGUCUAACAAUGAAUGAUUUUCAGGAAGGGUCGAUCUGGAUCUAAUGCAGCGGCACCGAAUAAGACAGCCGACUCGGGCUCCGCUAUGCCGUCGACAAAGCAGAAACCGAAGCGGAACCCCCGAAGGGCCGUGAAGGAUAGAUGGGCGGAGCAGCAUUUGAUGACGAGUGCUCAGUCCCCGCUGGUUAAUAUUGACAUAGUCAAACUACUCGCGAAACCCGAUGCCUGGAACUGCCUCGACGAAGCCGAGAAGGAAGAAAUCUUGAAUCUGCUUCCUGAAGAUACGCACCCGAAUCGCUACCCGUCCGCAGACGACCCCGACGCAAAAAUCCCACCGCUACCUGAAUCGUUCCUGCGAUACUCGAACGAGUGGCGCGACGGCAUCCGCCAAUUCCAGUCCGAUCUGGAAGAUGGUCGCUACGACCCGGUUUGGGUCCGACAGGCCGAGGCGGCUGUGGCAGAGAGGGCAGCGGGGAAGUUCGACAAGUUCAAGGAAGAGGAGUUUGAGCAGUUCUGGGGCCAGAAGCAGAGGAUGGACAGGACUAUUGCUGCGGGGCAGAGCUCGCAGGUUAAAUUGACGACACUGAUUGAGCAUGGGGUCAUUCAUGAAGGCGAUGUUUGGCGCUACUCGCGCUCUUUUUCCAGGGGUCGCAAUAGGGUCCUAGUGGAGAAAGAAGUGAAGAUUGUUGCCAUUGACGGCUCACGCUUGUCGUUUUUGAUGCCUCCUGGCCAACGCACGUUUCUCUCCUCGGUUCAGUCGUCGCCGCUUGUUUCAAAGGAGGCGGAUGGCCCGUCGAAUCAAUCAGCCCCCGAGCCUACAUCUCAACAGAGUGACUCCAUGGAGACAGGUGGAGAAGUACCGAUAGUUACAGACGAAUCUCCAGAUCCUGGAACAUCUCAAAAACGCAAAUCAGACGCCGAAGUCCAACCUGCGAAGAGGGGUCGCGGACGGCCCCCAAAGAACCCCCCGAAAACCGAAGCCGUCCCAAAACCUGAAGAUAUCGCCCCCAGUGAUCCACCAGCGAUGGCCGACGAAUCUAUUCCAACCCCACCACCAGAUGGAGAUACUCACGGUAUCGCCAACUCCACGGAGCAGCAGGAGCCCGAAACCACCGAUGAGAAAGCUUCUUCCCAACCUUCAUCUAAAACCAGGCCGGAGGGCCCACCGAAGGGAACCGACGAGAUCAUAGUCACCGAUAUUCAAGGGCUUACUGCGCUGGGCGCGAAGAUCAUAGAAUUGGACGGUCGUAUCAAGGAGGUUCCAAACGGGAAUGCGUGGAAAGAGUUCCGUUCUUACCGAAAUAAUCAGGAUAUGGGAAGUCUCUGGGAAGUCAGACAGGCUUGGUUCCUGAAGACGCAGUGAUAUUCGGGGUUUUUUGAGCACCGCUCUUUCGGCAGUUGCUGUUAGCCGGCUGUCCACUGAGGGACCAUUGAUCAGGUCGCCUUUUAUCUAACUAGCCAACUUGAGUCGGUACACUGCGUCGUGGCUGCAAUGCGCAAACGCCGAA